UUCCAGUAUAAGCAUCAUAUUAGUCUGUGAAGUGUGAGUAUAAUAGAGAGUUCCGCCAGGCUGAGAUGUUAUAUUUUGUAUAUUGAUUUUGAUUUGCUGCUCAAACUAAUAUAAUCUCUUUAAAUUAUUCAUUAAAAUAAACUGUCAUAUAAAUUGAAAUCAUAAUGUGUGCAAUAACAAUAAUACACAAUGGAUAUUCAUUUAUGAAUAAUGGUGAAAUGUUUGCAAAUUGUACAUGCACUUUAAUAAAAGGAACACAUAAUAUAAUUAUAGAUACAAUGACUGCAUGGGAUUCUGAAGUUAUAUUAAGAGGCCUCCGAAAAGAGAAUAUCCACCCAGACCAGAUAGAUUAUGUUGUCUCUACACAUGGACAUUCAGAUCAUAUUGGAAAUAAUAAUUUAUUUCUUAAAGCAACUCACAUUGUUGGUUUCAGUAUAUCACACAAAGACAAAUUUUAUAUUCACCCCUUUGAAAAUGGAGAGGAAUAUAUAAUAAAUGAUUAUGUCAAAGUUAUUCCAACACCUGGACAUACACUUUCAGAUGUAACAGUUUUAGUAACAAGUGAAGAUCGCAAAGUCCAUGCAAUUGCAGGUGAUUUAUUUGAGAAAUCAGAGGACAUAGAGAAAGAUUCUAUAUGGAAAGAAGCAGGGAGUGAAAAUCCCGUCCUACAAAGGAAGAAUAGGUUAAUGAUUGCUAAUAUGGCAAAUUGGAUCAUACCUGGCCAUGGGCCAAUGUUUAAAGUAACACCUGAAAUAAGAGAAUCUUUAAAUAGACAAGCUUCUAUUGAUAUAAACAAAUGAGUGUAUAUUUGCUAAA